AUGCCUAAGUCAAAGCGCGCGAAGAUUGUGCAUAUGUCCAAGACGGACAAGAAGGGCAAGGAGCUGUCGCAAAAGCUCUUCGCCAAUGUCCAGGAAGCCGCGGACAACUUCCAGCACAUUUUUGUGUUCUCGGUAGAGAACAUGCGCAACUCGUACCUGAAGGGUGUGCGGGCUGAAUUCUCGGACAGCCGUCUCUUUUUCGGCAAGACCAAAGUCAUGGCGAAAGCCCUCGGCCAGACACCUGCGGACGAGCAUCUCACCAACCUCUCCCAGCUCUCUUCCUACCUCAACGGCAACGUUGGCCUCUUCUUCACCAACCGCGACCCCAAGGAGGUCCUCGAGUACUUCGCCGGCUAUUCCGAGACCGACUACGCUCGCGCCGGCAUCCAAGCAACCCAGACCUUCACCGUCCCAGCCGGCGUCGUGUACUCGCGAGGCGGCGAGCUGCCCGCGGAAGACGAUGUCCCUCUCCCUCACAGCUUAGAAACCACCAUCAGGAAGUGGGGAAUGCCCACGAGGCUCGUCAAGGGCAAGGUUACGCUCGACGCGGACUACACGGUGUGCAAGGAGGGCCAGACGCUGAACAGCAACCAGACCGCGCUUCUGAAGCAAUUUGGCGUCGCCAUGGCGGACUUCAAGAUCGAGAUGAAGGCAUACUAUUCCACCGCGACCGAGUCAGUGACAGAGGUCGAUGCCAUGGAGGAAUAG